AGUAGCAUCUGAAUGGGUCAGUCAAUAAGUUGAAAAUUGAAUUAUAGAUUCUUCUGCUUUGGUCUACAUCGCCGGGUUCUCACCGAACCACCCAUAAUCGCAGCCACAUCACCACCACCAAUAAUCGCAGCCAUCAUCACCACCACCGCCGCCGCCGCCACCAUGUUCCGGAGGAAUUGGAAUUGUGCUACCUUGUAUUCCAGACUCGUCAAUUUUUCUUCAUCAUCUUCUUCGUCUCUUCACAACUUUACUCAUCUCCGUUCCUCUUUCUCUUCUUCAUCGUCUCCCAAUCUCCAUCUCACACCUUCUGUUGCCGCCUCUAAAUCAACCGAUCUUCUCUCCCUCGUUCGCCACUAUGGAAACUGCUACUCCGAACUCUCCAAAGCCCGUCUCAGCUUGCUCGUGGUUGCAACUUCUGGGACUGGAUUUGUGUUGGGGAGUGGUGGUGCUGUUGAUCUUUCCGUACUUUCUUAUACUUGCUUGGGUACCAUGAUGGUUGCUGCAUCUGCUAGCACUUUAAAUCAGGUGUUUGAGGUAAAAAAUGAUGCCAUAAUGAAGAGAACGAAUCGGAGGCCAUUACCCUCGGGACGCAUUACAAUACCUCAUGCAGUUGGCUGGGCAUCGUCUGUUGGUUUGGCUGGCACUGCCUUACUAGCGACACAGACUAAUAUGUUAGCUGCCGGGCUUGCUGCCUCCAACCUGAUUCUGUAUUCAUUUGUAUAUACACCAUUGAAGCAGAUUCAUCCCGUAAAUACAUGGGUGGGUGCUGUAGUUGGUGCUAUUCCACCACUUUUGGGAUGGGCUGCAGCUUCUGGUGAUAUUUCUCUGAAUAGUUUGAUUCUUCCGGCUGCUUUGUAUUUUUGGCAGAUACCACAUUUUAUGGCACUUGCGUAUUUGUGCCGUGAUGACUAUGCUGCGGGAGGGUUUAAGAUGUACUCUCUUGCUGAUACGUCUGGGCGCAAAACCGCGGUGGUGGCUUUGAGGAACUCCAUAUAUCUAAUCCCUUUGGGAUUCUUGGCAUAUGAUUGGGGUGUGACUUCUGGAUGGUUUUGCCUCGAGUCCACUGCACUUACACUUGCAAUAAGUGCCGCAGCAUUUUCAUUUUACAGAGACCGGACUAAGGAAAGAGCUAGGAGAAUGUUUCAUGCCAGUCUUCUUUACCUCCCCAUUUUUAUGGCUGGACUAUUGAUUCACCGUCGCACAGAUGACCAACAAUUCUCAGAAGUCAAUGCAGACGGUUUUGUGAAAUCUUCAUCUUCCGUGGAAUCUUCAUCUUCCGUGGAAUCUUCAGAUACGCAUGAUAAAAAUGGUAAUCAGAAGAUCAAGGGCCGGCAAGGGAACCGAGCACGUUCACCUGUAGCAUAUGCUUCCUGUGCACCUUUUCCGUUUUUGCCUUUGCCUGACGAGAUUUUUGACUGAUUUGAAUUAUUCAUUGUAAUUAUUUUUUCAAUGGCCUUUAGAGCCAUUAAGAGUUUUGCAUUGAAAAUGGAAAAAGUUAUAUAAUGUAAUGAAAUAAAGCAUAGUUACUCUUGAUUUUGCAUAAAUUUGCAAAUAAUUAUUUUUCUUA